AGCGCUUGCAGUUAAAAUAAACUAAUUAGUUUGUGGUUGAUACUAAGCCUCAACUGUAAAGUUAAGCUGCGUCUUCAAUAUUUGUAUCACUGUUAUAUAAGUACCUAUAAAGGUACAUAAGUACCUGAACAAUGCACGGACUGUCUACGUUCAAUCAAGCCCUCUCCGCCGAGAUAAUCCUGAAACGGAAUAUCUAACUAUCGUCUGAUUAUGCCAUGUGCUCGAUUAUCAAGAUGGGACGACUACAGUUCAAAUACUCAAUUCGAAUACGUGCAUAUUUGGAUAACGCCCUUUGUAAUUAUAGCCGAGGCUUACCAGAAUAAUUGAUAAGUUGAUAACUGAUAUUAUAAUUAUUCGCAUCUGAUGAAAAUAUCCAAAUGGAAUUCGCUUUAAUCGUUAAUUGGAGUUGAAUUUCAAUGGGCUGCAGGUACAACAACUGUAGCGCAAAAAAGAAAGAAGAGAGAUUUGUGCUUACGCAAGUGGAACAAUCAAAACAUUGAACACUAGAACACUGACCUUGACAGUCGUCGCCAGCGUUGCCUCACGCCGCAGGAGAAAACAACCACACGGAGUAUAAAACCACUUCUAGGCCAUUGCAGGGCACAGUGAGUGAGGCUGCGGUCUCGAGACUACUUGCAUCAUGAGGACCCUAGUGCUGGUGUGUGCGCUGUGUGCCCUGGCCGCGGUCAGCGCCCGGGACACGCGGGGGAGGCGGGCAGCGGACCUGGAGCCCGCCGCCAGCCACCAUCACGAGAAGGGCGGCGGCCAUGAGCACCACGAGCACCAUCACCACGAGCACGGAGAGAAGGGAGACAAGGGCUACAAGGGACACCACCACCACGAGCACGGGAAGAAGGGACAUCACCACAAGGAGGGACACAAGGGACAUCACGGAGAGAAAGGGGGCCACAAGAAGCACCACCAUCAUGACGACGGAUACCAUCACGAGCACCAUCACGGGGAAAAGGGCGAGAAGGGUCACGGGUUCGAGGAGAAGGGCCACUACCACAAGGGACACUCCACCAAGGGACACCACGGCGUGCACAAGGUGGACGAGUUCAAGAAGAACAAGCACUUCCACGACAAGCACGGCGAGUCCGGCUACGAGGAGAAGCACGGGGGGCACCACCACGAGGGGGGGCACAAGAAGGGGGGACACUUCCACAAGGGACACAAGCACGGCGGGCACCAUGAACACGAACAUGGCAAGAAGGGACACCAUGAGAAGGGCGGACACCACCACGAACACAAGGGGCACCACGACGAAGGCGGUCAUCACGAGCACCACCACCACCACGAGGACCACGGCAAGAAGGGGGGGCACGAGGACCACAAGCACUGGGGCUGGAAGAAGGGACACAAAUAGACUUCUUAUCGAUAGCGUUGUUAUGACUUUGUUACUGUUUUUCACCUUCUGUUGUAAAUAUAAAUCGUUUUCAUGACUUCCUUUAUCUAUCUUUUAUUUUUAUUCACUUUUGACAGUACGUUUCGUAAGCGAUAUGAAUAAAAUCAUGUUUCUAUAAGGAAAAAAGUGAAACAGAAUGUAUUUUGUCCUAAA